CUCUGAUCCGAGCCUAAUUCCGUUAACUUUUAAAGGCAUCGGUUUUCAAACCACACAGAGCUUCCUCAACUCAAUUUUCUGCAUCCCUUCAUUCAUGUGUCUUCAGGGUUUAUCAGGCUUCUGUAAUUGAAGGAGCAUCUUUAUUGUACACGUGGAAUUGUCGGGUUCUGCGUGUAAAAAUUUAUCGUCAAGUCCUCACUCCUCAUUGAUAUUGCCCUGGUGUAUACUUCUAAGGAAGGAAAUAAAGAAGAGUAAUUAGUGGCACAUUUGCUGAAACAAACUAGUAAGCAUGGAAUGUAAUAAAGAUGAUGCCUUAAGGGCUAAAGAGCUUGCAGAGAAGAAGCUUUUAGAGAGGGACCUUGGUGGCGCGAGAAUAUUCGCAAUAAAGGCUCAAAACUUAUAUCCCAAUCUUGAUGGUCUUCCUCAAUUGCUGGCAACCAUUGAGGUUUAUAUCUCUGCUGAAAAAAGAGUUAAUGGGGAAGUUGAUUGGUACAGGGUCCUUGGCGUGCAACCCUUAGCUGAUGACGAAACAAUUCGAAGAUGUUAUAGGAAACUUGCUCUUACUCUGCACCCUGAUAAAAAUAAAUCGGUAGGUGCAGAUGGGGCAUUUAAUCUCAUCACACAGGCUUGGAGUUUAUUAUCUGAUAAAGCCAAGAGAAUCAUCUUUGACCAAAAGUACAAUUUUUGGGGUAUAUAUCAAGGAAUUCAAGUUCGGAAAACUUCUGUACCAGCUAGUCAGAAUGGUUUCUUCAAUAUCUUCAAUACUGCUGAUUGGAAGGAUAGAGAUCAUAGGAAUGCUACUUGUCCCAAUCCUACCCCAAAUUCUCCUGUGUCAUCGAAACAAACAUUUUGGACCAUGUGCAAUUCCUGCAGGACACAAUUUGAAUAUCAUACCGUUUAUAUCAACUGCACUCUUGUCUGCACCAGCUGCAAUAAGCCAUUUUUGGCUAUUGAGGCACCACCCCCACCUUUAUACAGAAAUGCUUCAUCCACUUCAAGAAUUUCUCAGAUGAAGCAACAUAACUUCAACUCAACUAGAAUGGAAGGAAUUCAUGUUUCAGGGAGGACAUCAAUAUCUGCUGCCAACGGUGUCAAUUCAUCACUUGGUUCAGGUCCUUUCUCUAUGCCUGGUGGUAUUUCCAGUGUACGGACAUCAGCUUCUACUGCUGCUGAAGCUCCCAGUGUUUUUGGGAUGUCAUGUAAGAAUUUGAAGAGAGGGCGUGAAGAUUCAACACCUGUCAUAAAGGAGGAGGCCCAUUUUGGGAAAACUCAUGCUGUUAAUAGAACUGGUGCUGGUUCAGCUUUUCAGUCCUCUUGUUUUGGUUCAAAUUCUGUUCUGAAAGGAGAUAGGCCAAGGAAAAAACGGGGCACUGAUGAGCAUAAAGUUAAUAGUGAUAGACGAGAUAUGGAAACUGAAGUAUCAUUUCAAAAUAAACGAAUGAACUUGGGUAAUGAAACUGGGUCUCAGAAGGAUAGUUUUUAUACAGGAAGGGUUAAUGCUGCUGGAAGCUACAAACCUAAUGGUAUUAGGGAUGUAUCACAGCUGCAAAUGAAGAACAUGUUGAUGGAAAAGGCUCGGAAGGAGAUUCGUAAAAAACUUGAUGAAUGGAAUGCUUCUUCUGUAUCAAAGAAUUUAAACAAGUCAAAGAAUACUGACACAGAAGUUAGAGAGAAGGACAAAGAAAAGGCUAUAAAUUAUGUAAAACCUGGUGAACAAGAAUUUGUUGAUUCUGAGACCAUCAUCAAAAAGUGUUCCUCUUCUGAUUCAGAGGUUCCUGAUUCUCUUUCCAUGAGUGUUCCAGACCCAGAUUUCCAUGAUUUUGAUGGGGACCGUGUUGAAAAAGCUUUUGGUGAGAACCAGGUGUGGGCUGUAUAUGAUGAUGAUGAUGGCAUGCCCCGCCACUAUGCUUUGAUCCACAAUGUAAUCUCAGAGAAUCCUUUCAAAAUGACGAUCAGCUGGCUUAAUUCGAAAACCAAUGAUGAAUUGGCCCCAAUAAAGUGGGUCAGUUCUGGCUUUCCCAAGACUACUGGGGAUUUUCGAAUGGGCAAGCGUGAAUCCUUUAGCACUCUCAAUUCCUUCUCUCACAGGGUUAAGUGGAGAAAAGGUUCAAGAGGGGCUCUACAUAUAUAUCCAAAGAAAGGGGAUGUUUGGGCUCUGUAUCGAAACUGGUCCCUUGAUUGGAACGAAUUUACUGAAGAUGAAAUCAUACAUCAAUAUGACAUGGUGGAAGUGCUUGAAGACUACCUUGAAGAGCAAGGAGUGAAUGUUGCUCCACUUGUCAAGGUUCCAGGUUUCAAGACAGUAUUCCGCCAGAAUGCAGAUCCAAGAAAAAUCAGGAAUAUUUUGAAGGCAGAGAUGUUUCGUUUCUCACACCAGGUGCCUUCAUACUUGCUUACUGGUCAAGAAGGUCAUAAUGCUCCUAAGGGUUGCUUGGAGCUUGAUCCUGCUGCUACUCCUACGGAGCUUCUUCAGGUGGUCACAGAAGAUGAAUUGAUGCACAAAGAGAAUUCCAGGGAGGAUUGUUUGGUUGAGAGGUGCCAAACAACUAAGGAAGAAGAUUCUGUUGAAGAUAUUCCAGGAAAGGAGGUCGCUGAAGCACUGGGAAAGAAGAGAAGUAGGCCUGAGAUUUUGUUUGUAUAUAAGCGGAAAAGAGCGCGCUAUGUAGUGGCAAGUAAUUGUUAGUGACGGAAUUGACUUGAAGAGAUUCCAUGUUCCAUUUAGCCAAAGAGAUAGCAGAUUCAAAUAUUCAACAAAUCCAUAGCUGACAAUCACCAAUUCAACAUAAACUAGAGCAGGAUUUGAAUAUUUAGUUUUUCUUUUAUGUAUCUAGUGACAAAAAAGAGAAUGGAGUUGACUGCAUUUGUAGAGAUUGAUUAAGCAGCUUUUGUCCUUUUUUGCUGUAUAUUG